GAGCCGCACAGCUGCUGCCGCACUCGGAGCGACUCGGACUCAGUGACUCACUUUGGAUUUUUGGGGUUUGGAGGAGAACCGCGGGGAGCAGAGCGGCAGGAGGAGCCGGACAGCGGAGCUCACGGUCGGCUUGGAUCGGCGGAAUGGCGGACCGGGACCCGGUACCGCUGCCUGCGGAGGUUCGGACCAAACUGGCCGAGCUGGAGCUGGAGUUGUCCGAGGGCGAUAUCACUCAGAAGGGUUAUGAGAAGAAGCGGUCCAAGCUGAUCGGAGCUUAUUUCCCUCAAACAGCAGGAAUGGACCCGUCCAUGGGCCCGGACCGGAGGACGCCCGUUACCCCGUCCUCGUCCUCCCGGUACCACCGCCGCCGGUCCUCGGGCUCCAGAGACGAGCGGUAUCGCUCAGACGUUCACACCGAGGCGGUGCAGGCGGCGCUGGCCAAGCACAAAGAAAGGAAGAUGGCGGUUCCGAUGCCUUCGAAGCGGCGCUCGCUGGUGGUGCAGACCUCCAUGGACGCCUACACGCCUCCAGACACCUCGUCGGGCUCGGAGGGCGAAGGUCAGGGGGACGGCGACGACGACGGAACGUCGUCCAGCCGGGAGGGCAGCAUCAGCAUGGAGCACUGGAUCAGCCGGGCCAUCCACGGCACCUCCUCCACCACCACCACCUCCUCCACCGCCUCCUCGUCCUCCUCCUCCACGCGGAGCGGCGGCAGCGGGGCAGCCGGCGGCAGGCUGGCCGACGUCCUGGCCCAGCACGUCCACAUCUCCAACCACUCUGCUCCUCCAGACGUCACUGGUUACACCAACAACACCGACGGCAUCCAGGUGGAGCGAACGCCGGCCGCUGGCACCGGAACCGGUACCGGCACUGCCGCCCCGAGACCGGCGCCCAGGUACGGCAACGCCGAGCUGAUGGAGACCGGAGACGGAGUUCCGGUCAGCAGCAGAGUUUCAGCCAAAAUCCAGCAGCUGGUCAACACGCUGAAGAGACCCAAGCGGCCGCCGCUCAGGGAGUUCUUCGUCGACGACUUUGAGGAGCUUCUGGAGGUGCAGCAGCCAGACCCCAACCUGCCCAAAGCUGAGGGUGCCCAGAUGGUGGCGCUGCAGGGCGAGCAGCUGGGCGUGGUCACCAACUGGCCCCCGUCCCUGGAGGCGGCACUGCAGCGCUGGGGAACCAUCUCCCCGAAGGCGCCCUGCCUCAGCACCAUGGACACCAACGGGAAGCCGCUCUACGUGCUCACCUACGGUAAACUCUGGUCCAGGAGCGUGAAGGUGGCCUUCAACCUGCUGCACAAACUGGGAACCAAGCAGGAGCCGCUGGUCCGGCCAGGAGACCGGGUGGCGCUGGUGUUCCCCAACAACGACCCGGCCGCCUUCAUGACAGCGUUCUACGGCUGCCUGCUGGCCGAGGUGGUUCCGGUUCCCAUCGAGGUUCCGCUCACCAGGAAGGACGCUGGCAGCCAGCAGAUCGGCUUCCUGUUGGGCAGCUGUGGCGUGACGGUGGCUCUGACCAGCGACGCCUGCCACAAGGGGCUGCCCAAGAGCCCCACCGGGGAGAUCUCACAGUUCAAAGGCUGGCCCAAACUGUUGUGGUUUGUCACCGAGUCCAAGCACCUGUCCAAACCGCCCAGAGACUGGUUCCCUCACAUCAAGGACGCCAACCAGGACACAGCCUACAUCGAGUACAAGACGUGUAAGGACGGCAGCGUGCUCGGCGUCACCGUCAUGAGGAUAUCGAUGCUGACCCACUGCCAGGCCUUGACUCAGACCUGUUCGUACACAGAAGCCGAGACCAUCGUGAAUGUUUUAGACUUCAAGAAGGAUGUGGGGCUGUGGCACGCCGUGCUCACCAGCGUGAUGAACAUGAUGCACGUCAUCAGCAUCCCCUACGCCCUGAUGAAGGUCAACCCUCUGUCCUGGAUCCAGAAGGUCUGCCAGUACAAAGCUAAGGUGGCCUGUGUCAAGUCCCGGGACAUGCACUGGGCUCUGGUGGCCCACCGGGACCAGAGGGACGUCAACCUGAGCUCGCUGAGGAUGCUGCUGGUGGCUGACGGGUCCAAUCCUUGGUCCAUCUCGUCCUGUGACGCUUUCCUCAACGUCUUCCAGACCAAAGGACUGAAACAGGAAGUGAUCUGUCCCUGUGCUAGUUCCCCGGAAGCCCUGACGGUGGCCGUCCGCAGGCCGCUGGAGGAAGGCAGCUCCCCGCCGGGCCGCGGCGUUCUGUCCAUGCAGGGUCUGAGCCACGGUGUGAUCCGGGUCGACUCGGAGGAGAAGCUGUCGGUUCUGACGCUGCAGGACGUGGGCUCGGCGAUGCCUGGAGCUGUGAUGUGUGUGGUGAGGCCUGAAGGCGUCCCUCAGCUCUGUAAAACUGACGAGAUCGGAGAGUUGUGCGUUUGUACAGUUGCCACGGGAACCUCAUAUUAUGGUCUGACUGGCAUGACCAAGAACACCUUCGAGGUCUUCCCGGUGUCCAACGGCGGUUCUCCCAUCAGUGAGUUUCCCUUCACCAGAACCGGCCUGCUGGGCUUCAUUGGACCUGCAGGUCUCAUAUUUGUUGCUGGGAAGAUGGAUGGUCUGAUGGUGGUCGGAGGGCGUCGGCACAACGCCGAUGAUAUCGUUGCCACGGCGCUGGCUGUGGAGCCAAUGAAGUUCGUCUACAGGGGCCGGAUAGCCGUGUUUUCCAUCACGGUGCUUCAUGACGAGAGGAUCGUGGUUGUAGCUGAGCAGCGACCGGACUCGACCGAGGAGGACAGUUUCCAGUGGAUGAGCCGAGUUCUGCAGGCCAUAGACGGGAUCCACCAGGUCGGGGUCUACUGUCUGGCCCUGGUUCCCUCCAACACCCUGCCCAAGACUCCUCUGGGAGGAAUCCACCUGUCCGAGACCAAACAGCUCUUCCUGGAGGGGGCGCUGCACCCCUGCAACGUGCUCAUGUGUCCGCACACCUGCGUCACCAACCUGCCCAAACCCCGGCAGAAACAACCAGAGAUCGGCCCGGCCUCGGUGAUGGUGGGGAACCUGGUGUCGGGGAAGCGGAUCGCUCAGGCCAGCGGCAGAGAUCUGGGUCAGAUCGAAGACAACGACCAGGCAAGGAAGUUCCUGUUCCUGUCGGAGGUGCUGCAGUGGCGAGCUCAGACGACUCCGGACCACGUCCUGUUCACGCUGCUCAACUCCAGGGGAACCGUCUCCAGCUCCCUGACCUGCCUGCAGCUGCACAAGAGGGCGGAGAAGGUCGCCGCCCUGCUGGCCGAGCGAGGCCACCUGCAGGACGGAGACCACGUGGCCCUCGUCUACCCGCCAGGUGUCGACCUGAUCGUGGCGUUCUACGGCUGCCUCUACGCCGGCUGCGUUCCCAUCACGGUGCGACCGCCCCACCCCCAGAACAUCAGCACCACGCUGCCCACCGUCAAGAUGAUUGUGGAGGUGAGCCGCUCCGUCUGCGUCAUGACCUCACAGCUCAUCUCCAAACUGCUCCGGUCCAAAGAAGCUUCGGCCGCCGUCGACGUCCGGACCUGGCCGCCGGUGCUGGACACAGACGACCUGCCAAAGAAGAAGCCUCCGGUGCUGUACCGGGCGGCCGACCCCGACACCCUGGCCUACUUGGACUUCAGCGUCUCCACCACCGGCAUGCUGGCCGGAGUCAAAAUGUCCCACACCGCCACCAGUGCCUUCUGCCGCUCCAUCAAGCUGCAGUGUGAACUCUACCCGUCCAGAGAGGUGGCCAUCUGCCUCGACCCGUACUGUGGCCUCGGCUUCGUCCUCUGGUGCCUUUGCAGUGUGUACUCAGGUCACCAGUCCAUCCUCAUCCCGCCGUCGGAGCUGGAGGGGAACCCGUCCCUCUGGCUGUCGGCCGUCAGUCAGCACAAGGUCCGCGACACCUUCUGCUCCUACAGCGUCAUGGAGCUGUGCACCAAAGGCCUCGGCCUGCAGACCGACGCCCUCAAGUCUCGCGGCCUGGACCUGUCCCGGGUCAGAACCUGCGUGGUUGUGGCCGAGGAGCGUCCCAGGAUCGCCCUGACCCAGUCCUUCUCCAAACUCUUCAAGGACCUGGGCCUCCACCCGCGGGCCGUCAGCACGUCGUUCGGCUGCCGGGUCAACCUGGCCAUCUGCCUGCAGCCUCACAGGCUGGGAAAGCUUGCCGACCAGGUAGGAAACCACCACAGCCUCCAACCACCUCCACCUCCACCCCACUGCCUGUCAGCACAUCCCCCAUCAGCUGGCUUUAGGUCACCACUCCUUCAAGUUCUAGAUUUAAAGAUCUGA